AUGNAAUUUGCUACAGGUUCUAUCUAUUGUAAUUUGACCAUUGUUGGUUCAGGCUUUGAUCAAAGUCAAUUUGGGAUAAUUUAUCCUAUGAAAUGGCCGUAUGAACAAGCUUUAGAUGUGUCAAUAUUAUCAUUGCGUGAAAAAGGAGUAUUCAACGAUCUGAAAAGUAAAUGGUUUCAAAUAAAUAAUUGUACAAGUUCGUCAACGGAUAUAUCUUUGAAGUUACCACUUGAAGCGCUAACUGGCUUAUUCAUUGCCUUUGCAAUAUUUAGCGCACUUUCAAUGCUGAUGUUUCUGUGGGUGAAAUGCCGUCCAUUGCGUAGAUGUGUACGACGAUAUCGACGACCAAGAACAAGAAAUGGCAUUGUUCACAACCCUGUGUAUCGUCCAUAUGCUCAACAUAUACCCUUUAUUGCUGGAUAUCAACACGUAUGA